ACAAACGUCAGUUCUAACCUCAAAUUUCUCCAAGCUAAAAUAAGUUUACAUUUUUCGCCACUCAGUUCGAAUAAAAGUAAAGUAAAUCAAAAGCAUGGCCAACAAGCCGACGCGCGAUGUGAUCGGCAUUAUCUUCCAGAACUUUUGGAAAUCCCUGCGGCCGCGUCAGUUUCGUGGGGAUUUUAUUGGGGAGGACUAUUUCGGGAAUAAGUACUACGAGAUUCCGGCGAACCCAUCGAUUGGGAAAAGGAAGCCCUCGCGGUGGUUUGAACCGGCGGAUAAGGAAGCUUUCGACCAGGAGCUGACUGCCGAGUGGGAGGCUUGGCUUCGGGGGCGUCGUGACCAGCCACCAACACGCGAGGAGCUGGUGAAGAACCUACAGAUUAUGGAAAUGAAGAAACGCAAUGCCGCCGAACUGGAGGCAACCUAUGCCAAGGGUAAGGACGAUAAGGCGCUACCUAAGCAGGUGGACGGACCCACAAUCGGAACCUUCCCCAAAUACAAGGAGUACGAGUUUAUUCCUGGAAAGGAGCCUCCGGAGAAGUAACUCUAGUUUUGGUAUUUUUUAAGAAUUUAAUGUGUAAAUAUAGAUAAAUUGAUCUUAAA